UAAUUCAUUUUUUGUUUAGGUCUUCCCCACAUUUAGCCCACUAACAUUCGUUUUUUUAAUAACUUAUUCUUAAAUACAACACUCGCAGGAAAUAGAGAUACAUUUUAACUAUUUGCUCCACAAUUAACAUUAUUUUGGUGACACGGAACCAGCUUGUUACGUCAGAGAGCACGCAGGGUGGAAGUAGAGCAUCUUUGGAAGAGUGGACGCUUCAGUAGUCUUCACAUUACACUGACUUAUUGGCUAUUCUCUUCAGAAAACUGCCUGCACCCUGAAAAUGAGCGACACGUGGUGCAGUUUUGUUUAUCGGGUUACUGUAGACCUUUUCGAGUGUUGUGAAGAAGCUGUCAACUUGAGGACAUAGUUAGCGGGAUAGCUAUCAAGUGAUGAACUGUUGUUUUCUCAGUCAGAGACUUCGGCUAACGCUUCAUUAGCCCACUUGUUGUCACCGACAACGGUCCUUGCGAUGGCGAGAUGAUCACGCCGGGUGACUUUCUGUCCGCUUGACUAGAAAUUCCGAAAAUAUGGACAACGAACGUAGCAAUUGCAGGCCUCAACUUGGAGACAAUAGUCAGCUAACGGAGCUAGCAAGCUGUCUUGGCAGCUAAGCUUGCUAAAAGCUGCCUUGCUCGGUGCGUAUGAGGAGCGACACUGAAAACGCCGAGGUGCCUGUACCAUGUAUCAGGAUGUGACGGAUCAAAUCACAGCAUCUUGUAUCCAGCUUCACAGCAAGGACUUAGCUUUGGUAAACCAACGCUCAGGAUCUUGGGAAAUUCCCUCUGGGAUAAUGUCUUCACAAUCCAAGUGGUUGGACCGCAGCUCUGGAGACACCACCCAAGUCAAACCUGAAGAUGGUCUUCAUAACGGUUCCUGUGAAACUGAAGCUGCGCUCGGAGGGGUUGCGGAUCACCUUUCUGCGUGCCACAAUGGAAUAUCCGAGUUUUCCAACAGUGACAUUUUACUGCCCGAGGUCUGCAUCUCUUCCAACGGCAAUAGUUUUGAGGAGGAUAUGAAUUAUGAGGUCCAGCAAGCCUAUAAGAUAUUCAGCUGCUUACUUCUUGACAAGUACAAAGGACUCACCAGCCCAUUCUUCCAUCCCACCGACGAUGAAGAGACUCGAGAGGGAAUUGAAGGAGUCCAGGGCCGGGUUCAGUCACAACUUGGACAGUCCAUGUGCUUGCAGAGGAUAAAGGAGAAAUUUAUCAACAAGGAGUAUGAGACCAUCACAGAGUUUGUUGGAGACUUCAGGCAAAUAUUAGAGAACUGCUACCGCUGCCAUGGAGUGGAUCACUGGAUCUCCAAACAAGGUCAAAAGUUAGAAAUCAUGCUGGAGCAGAAGCUUACACUGCUGUCCAGACCACUGCGAGAGAAGACCACUCUUACUGUGACUUCAAAGGGGCGUUUUGGCAACGACGAGGAACGGGGCUCUGGGAGUUCCUCCACAAGAAGGAGACUGGCUCCUCGCAGCCUGACUACAAUUACUGUCGGAGGCCACGAGUCUGUCAUGGUACAGACACUACGCCUGGAAGAGCAGCAGAGGGCUAAAGAGGAGAAAAGACAACGGGAGCUUGAGAAAAAAGAGGCAGGAGAAAUGUCAGCUAAGGAGGUGGAAGAGUGGGAGCAGAGCUUGCUGUCGCAGGCUAUCCCCCAAUCGGUGGAUACACUUUGGGAACUCCCUGCUAUCGGGCAUUUUCUCUGCCUCGCUCAGACCGCCCUCAACCUUCCUGAGAUAGUUUUUUUUGAGCUGGAGCGUUGUUUGCUAAUGCCAAGAUGCAGCCUCCUUCUCUCCAAAGUUAUGUCUUCCUUGCUGUCCCCACCUCAUCGAAGGGCCACUCUUCACCGCCGGCCCGCUCUGCCGUACCGCCGCUGGGAGUCAGAGUUAAGACAGCGCGUUUUGGGCUGGUAUAGAACUGUUGGAUCCUCACGCAAUCAGCCACAUCGAGCCGAGCAGCUUGGACUUUGCCAUCAGUUUUUUUGCGUCCUAGGGGAGGAAAGUCCUUUGGAGGAUAGACCCUUUCACUUGCUACCCUUCUACCAGCGAGUCUGGCUUCUGAAAGGACUCUGCGACCACGUGUAUGAGACGCAAAAGGAUGUACAGGACACUGUGUUGGCCCAACCUAUCCACGAAUGUCGGGAGUCUAUUUUGGGCUAUGACAGCAAAGAAAAUGCCUACAUACAUUUCCCACACUUCUGUGGGGCAGAUCUGAGAAUCUACUGCCAGCAGCCCAGCUCACCCCCAGCAUUUCCCUUUCCAUCUAAACUAGUGAAAAGGGUAGAGUUUGGACUAGGGCUAGAGAAUGAGGCAAAUAAAUACGGGGGAGCAUGUGAUGCAACAUUCAUGGAGUCUGAAGAUUAUGGGAAAAAGACAGUCGAGACUCAUGUAGGUUUCAAAACGGAGAAUGGAGACACAGAAGAAAGUGCAAUGAAAAUUCAUUUGUGGCCUGCAGCGAUGACAAAUGUGUCCGAAUCUGGGUCUUCUGGUGGUUUGGUCUGUGAAGACUCCAAAGUAGACUUAAAAACACAUACCAACUCCAUUCCCCUUAAAAGGAGUUGUCAUUUUGGAGCAAUCGAUUCGAAAACAGGUUUAAAUAAGGACAUUUUAGAUGAUAAAAAACAGUCCAAAUGGGAGCAGAGACCCUCGAUGGAUCAUAACAUUAAAGAAGAAACACAAGCAUCUCACAUGAAUGUGGGGGAGCACAGCUACACAGGCAGGUCACCUGCAUGUUCUGAAAAUCUGGGCUCCCCACCUAAGUUUUUGGAACUAAGAAUAGAAGAUACAUGCCCCAUUCAUGGAACCGAAUCACUCCCCAGUUCAGAUUGUUGGAAAAAGAAAACAGGAAGUGUCACAUUUGCGGAGCAUGCUUGUGUCUGUGAAAAAUCAGACCUGGCAACAAAACUGUCCCCCAGAAAUGCGCAAAAAUCAAGGGAAGACUUGCUGAAUGACAAAAUGUGGACUAAAAAAAGGAAACACAAGAAAGAACCCGCAGAGGAACCGCUUCUGAAGAAAGAGCACAAACAACUUCAGCAUGAAGAUGCGCCGUUCCAGACCAAGGCUUCCAAGUCUGUGGUCUCUGCAACAACCAAAAGAAAAGAUAAGAAAAAGAGUAAAACAGUUACAGGAAAAGAAACUGAAUGUGAGAAGAAAAUUAAAGCUGAAUCACUGCCUGAGUCAUCAUUUAAGUUGGUAUGUAGCAGUCUUGGAGAUCUGCGAGAGCUCAUCAGUAGGAUAGAAGAUGAGCUUGAUGACUUGGAAAGCACAAAGAAAAGAUUGGGUCGGUGGUUCAACAGGAGAGAAGCUGUGAAGGAUCUCCACAGCACUCUAAUUAGACUUUUGAAUGAGUUGACUCCCUGGGAGCCCAAGCUUGUGAAGGCUUACCACAGAAACAGGCUACGUCUGAAGAAAGAAUUUGAUGACUUUAAAAGGAAUCCAGAAUACAACAAUUUUAUUCGAGAGGAGUGUGUUUCAUCAUCGUCGUCAGACGACGACUACGACGAUGAAGAAAUGUCUACGGAGAGGAAUCUGUGCGAAAGAUUAAAGGAGGAAGAAAUGGAACAUGUACCACGAGGCCUUUGGAGUGGAGCAAACACCAGAGAGUUUGAUGCUGAAAAAACGGCUACCCACAUGCCUCUGAAUCACCUCAAACCCCAUCUGAGCUGCUCAGAGAUGCCUAACGUUACUUCUAAAGACUCGAUAUCUCCGCUCACUUCAGCAAACCAGUGGGCAACUACAUCUCCCAUCCUCCACCCCACCAGCGGACUUCCUAAGGGUUACACUCCCAUCCCCACCCUGCUGGCCAAGAGUGUUGGGAACAAAGUAACCCUGAUGAAAAGACCACCUGAUGUCCAAAACAUUUCCUUGUCAGAUGGACAAAGCAAAAGACCUUUGGUUUCUCUCUCUCCUGCCGUGUCAGUCAUGUCCCACAUUUCAAAUGCACAAAGUUGCUCAACAAGUUCUCAGCAGAACCUGCAACAAAUAAAGACCCAAAGUCCACAAAAUGUACAAAUUCUUGGACAGGCAGGAAUCACAAAAACAUUGGAGGCCAAACCAUCCCAAGCCGAACCAAAAACUCCUGUCCAAGUGAUGAAGAUGGGUGAAGGAACAGAUCACGCUGUAAGGAAGGACAAAAGGAUCUCAAUGAACACGUUAAUUAGCUCUGAUGUGGACCAGAACCCUACAGAAAAGCAGAUCCAGCAGUUGGUGAUCUUGCCAUCAAACCUUCUCGUUAAAAAACCUGAAGCAAAGGUGUCCUCCUCAAAGGGUAUUCACCUUGGAGGUUCAAAAGUGACCAGCCCCAUCUUUAUAUCCACUGAUGUGUCUGGGUUCACCAUUCCUGAGACAAAGAUCCCUGUCCAGCGGGUGCCCCCGCUAAAAGAUACUAAGACAAUGAAGACUCCUCCUGUUUUCUCUAAUUUAUCUCAAGGAGGUCUAAACAAGGGAGGAUCUAAGGGAAUUUUCAAUGUCCAAGCCAGCAUGGCUGGUGUCUCAGCCCCUUCUCCCAUCACUACUAUUUCCAGUGCAGUUUCUACUGAGAUGGCUAAGGCUACAGACCCUAAACAAGAGCUCAAGACUGUGUGUAUUCGCGACUCGCAAUCCAUUCUUGUUACAACUAGAGGAGGUAACACAGGGAUUGUCAAAGUCCAGACCUCCUCAGACCAAAAUGCACUUGGGUCUUUUCCCACAUGUCCAGUCAUAACUAUUUCUCCUCAGUUUAAAGCAUUUCUCAUAUCCAAAACGGCAUCAACUCUCUCUGACCCGUCCACUUUUCAGGCUUCCACCACCAGUGUCUCAACAGAAACAAGUGCACCAAUGACCCAAAAGUUGUUGUCAGAUGUUCCAUCCACUGCCACAAGUUCUGUCCAUAUGCGAGACCCAAGUAGCAUUCCUGUUAAGGACUUGGUAAAUCAGGCUAAAGGCACUGCUGUUGCUCCAAGUCAAGAUUCCGGUUCCUCUGCUGGUUCUGCAGUUGAAGCAAAAAUGUUACAGUCUGCUGCUGGUUCUUGUUUGGCAGUAUCAACGUCAAAAAACCCUGUUGCCUCAUCAACUAGUAGCUCUGGUAAUCCCCAAUCAAUCCUAAGAGAAACCACAAGGAGGACUGGUGUGAAACUAACCAGCACAGAGGAGCGAUCCUGUGCAAGCAAGCAUAUACUGGUCAAUUCCCCAUCUUCAUCAAAGCCGACUGUAGUGUCUCCAAAGAGCCCACCCUCCUGCACAAAACCAGUUCCCAGUACAAGGGUCACUUUCGUCCCCCAGCCCUCAUCCACCAACUUAACAGGAAACGUUCCAAAGCUGGUGAUAGGAGUCAGCAGCAGUGGGUGGACGUCGACAACUUCGUUUUUAAGUCAGGCUCCAAAGAUGGGAUCAAGUCCAACUCUGCCUGUUGCCAGCAUCAGCUCAGAGGCAUCGUUCAACACUAAGAACAUUGCUCUGUCCUCAGGGGUUCAAAACCAGCUGACAGGAAAGACGACUUCUAUUGGACAAAAUAUUGGUGCCCCGUCACAUUUUUCUUCUAAUUCAGCAUCAGGGACAGGUUCCUAUACUUCCACCACCACUACUGGACUGGUCUCAGUGACGAGUGUGGUUUCAGCCACAGGCUCUUCUAUCCAGCUUGGCACUUGUAGCUUUUUAACCACUAGCUCUCCAUCCCAGAGUAUCUCAUCCAUAUCAGUGAUUUCCUCAAAAAAGAUCUCCACGUCUAAUGCAACUGCCCUACCUGCGGGCAACAUGAGUGGGAACAACCUCGGCACACCUGCAAGUAUACUGUCUACCAGUUCUGUUCAUACAACCACUCCCUUUGGAAGUAGCACAGGCCCAACACCCCAGUUUGUUACUAACAGUAAUCCCUUGAGUAUGAAAGCAUCUUCACAAUUUCUUCAGACUAAAACCCAAACCCCGCUUCCCAUUGCAUCAACAACUUGCACUCAGUCUUCCACCUCUGAUCCUGGCACGAUCCAGCAGAGGAUAAUCCUCAACACCUCUACCCCACUUACUGCUGGCACACAGAUUGUCCUAAACAAUGCACGCUUUGUCGUCCCGUCCCAGGGUUUGGGUCCAGGCAGUCAUGUUUUUAUCAUAACUAGCCCUGCUCCGCAAGUGCCUGUUGUUGGUUCUACUGGCACUGGACCAUCAGCCGUUUCCAAAGUGGUAAGCUCCCUGGCAUCAGUUUUACCUCAAACUGCAGCAAAGUUGCCAGAAACAAACUCCUUACUAACCACUGACUCAAAGUGGCAAGAUGGCACUCCUCAAAUCUCAUCGUUUAAACUUGGAGGAACACACAGUCUGGGAUCAACACUGAUACCCAGUACUACAAAUGUAGUCUCCGCCCUUCCUCGCAUACCUCCUGCUCAUCCCAGUAAUGCUACAGUACCCUCUGUUGUUCCAACACCUCAAGCGUCUUCUCCAGCAAGACUGAGCAAACCAACCUUUGUUUCCCCAAUUUUGAGUAGUUCCAUCUGUUCAACCUCCAAAUCUUCAGCAGUAGCCGCUCCUUUAUCCAAACUGUCCGGAACUCUAUCGCCAUUGCCUAUAUUAUCCAGUCUACCGGUGGGUGCCCUACUGAAGCCUAUUUUAACAGUUCCUGCCCAUCUUUCUUCGCCAGAUGUAACAAACUCACCAGCUGUUCGUUGUUCUCUGCCUGCUCAGCAGAUGGCAACCCUUAGCCAGACUUUACAACCUCAACAAAUGGCAGUUAAAAUCACUACACCAUCUGCUGUUCACCUACAAGGUUCAGUAGACAUUGGCCUUGGAAGCACAUCAGUUAAAAAACUGAUGCCAGUAGCGCUGCCAAUGAUUGGUGGAACACAGACACAAGUUGUACCAACAGUGACUGUCCCUCCUAUUGUGUCUAGGAUGCAGACUUUGCCCGUUGCUACUGUUCCACCAAUUGGAAGCACUGCCCGCACCUUUGAAAAUGUACAUGUGGUGCCUGCAUCUCCACCAAGCACCUCUACAAUGAUCUCAUCAGCUCAACCAAUCACAUCACUGCUGACAAAAAAACAACCGCUUGUCACGGGGACCAACCAGGCACUCGGAAAACACUUUGUAGGCGCCUCAGCCUUGGAUAUCCUUACCGGAGGAGCAUCGAAGCUCCUCAUUAGUCCUGAUGGUGCUGUUUUGGGCACUGUUCAGUGCCAGGUCAGUCCAGCAGAGCUGGAUGCACCAGUGAUUUCUUCCAACAGUCCCACUGGCGCUCGGAAGACACGUGAAGCCACUUUACAGUCUCAGCAAGCAGACACAAAGUGAUCCACCCUAACGAGACGGAGCCAUCCAAACGAGAGCCGGGAAAUAGUUUUCAGCUACUUGUUCUUUUGCAGGGUUCACAUCCUGUAUGAUGCCUAUAAAAAUAGCAGCCUUCAGUUAUAGUUUGAUUCAUUCUGCAUUUAAAAUGCACUUGCUUUCAUAUUCUAAUUAAAAUAUUGUUUUGCUAGAAUGUUUUGCUUUGUCAGACUUUCCUGAGGCUACAUUGUAAUAUGAUGGAUCUUUUGCCUUGGCUUGAAUGUUUUUGGCAUUCAGAAAUGUACUUCGCGGCCAGUAAUUGCAAGAUGGAGAAAAAAAAGGUGAAAUACAUUUCAAGUUGUUUUGAAUUUGAUCUUUUUAUUGUAAUUAGAUACUGCUUGAAGAUGUAUUACCUGGUUUACUAGUCAUUUUUACAAGUCUGCUUUAAUGUCAUUUUGAAAAACUCAACGUUCUGUGUUCUUUUUUUCUAAAUACUUGUUUAAAUACUACAUUUAAGGUUCUUUUAGAAAUGUGGAUGAAUAGAUGCAUUUUUACUACAUUUAGGUUCAUAAAAAGUUUUGGAGUCACAUUUAUUUAUUUUUACCAUAUAGCUUUUUUAAAAAAACAAUAAUAAUAAUAGGUACAUUUUCAUUGAGCAACCUUGGACAUCUCUGCAUGAAAAUAAAGACUGCAACUGUUCCAAACAA